UCUUGUAUUCCGCUACUCGGAUCUCGAUGAAUCUAUCGUGUGAAAAGUAGCGACAGGAGCAAGGUCGCGGUCAGUGUUACACCGUCUUUUAACCGGUCGCUCGUCGUAUAUCGAAACCAUGGAUCUUCCAAAUAGUUUGUGAUUUUCGUCGAGUUUCGCGACAGUUAAAGUUUGAGUUGUCGUUGAAAGAAGAAAUUAAAAGUUCGAAAGCUUUGCCGUUAUAAUGGACUGUAACGCGCUUGCGUUACGGGCUUCACCGACGUUUCGACAGUUGUUUCAUACGCAAGUAUUUGAUCGUUCCUGUUCGAUCGUUACGAAGAGCGCCGACCGAGUCUUUAACCCGUUUUGCCGAACUCGUUUCGAAACGACCGGAAAAAGUUCGUCGUUUCCGAAAUUAUCGAUCUAACUUUGAAAUAUAUCCUCGCAGAGGUUUUUUUAGUAUAUCGAGUACUCGAAAAAUCAAAGUCGGAAGUGAAAAAAAAAAGGAAGAAAAAGACGAUGUAGCAACAAGAAAACUUCUUACGAAAUCAGCGAAUGAAGAAAGUCGGAGAAUUCGUAAAUCGUCGAGACACGUCGAUCGCGAUUAAAGAGCAAAGACCGCGUAAACCGUGGAUUUACCGACUGCUACUAUCUUUUAAGAAUUAGAAAGAAUCGAUCAACUUUCGAUCGUAAUGGGUAACGCGAAAUUGCGCGGAUACUAGACGACUAAAUAUCGAAAGACCGGUUAGUCGAUGCAAGAAAGCGGUGACGUGACAAAAAUCUUGUUUCCGGAGCACAAACUUGCGAGUGUAUCGAUUAUUUAGAAGAAAAGAAGCUUCUAGAUUCCACGCUAUCCACCGUUCUUCGAGAAGUAGGUGAACAGACGAUCGAUAGAACAUGGGCAUCGAAAGCGUUUUAACGGGAGGUUUGACCUCCGCAUCCAGCGGACUAUCGUGGUUCUUCCCGGUGCUCGCAGCGGCUCUCGUCUACUUCGAGUACGAAGUGAUGGACAACGAAGCGCCACCGAUUAAUAUACCUUCGGAAGUACUGCUGCCAUCGUACGACUUUAUCGUUAUCGGAUCUGGUUCCGCGGGAGCCGUGGUAGCGAGUCGCCUGUCGGAAAUAGAAAAUUGGAACGUGCUCCUUCUAGAAGCUGGUGGUGACGAAACGGAAAUCUCCGACGUUCCUCUGCUCGCCGGUUAUCUGCAGCUCAGUCAAUUAGACUGGCAGUACAAAACGGAACCCAACGGAGAAGCCUGUCUAGCGAUGGAAGAGGGUCGCUGUAACUGGCCACGUGGGAAAGUGAUCGGAGGCAGUAGCGUGCUCAACUACAUGCUCUAUCUUCGCGGUAACAAAAAAGACUACGACAUAUGGGAGCAGCUAGGCAAUCCAGGCUGGUCUGCCAGGGACGCUCUCUAUUAUUUCAAAAAAUCGGAGGACAACCAAAAUCCCUAUUUGGCCCGAACGCCGUAUCAUUCGACCGGGGGUUAUCUAACCGUUCAAGAAGCACCGUGGCACACCCCGUUGGCCGCAGCGUUCGUUCAAGCAGGCCAAGAAAUGGGCUACGAGAACAGAGAUAUUAACGGGGAACAUCAAACCGGCUUUAUGAUCGCUCAGGGAACCAUCAGACGCGGCAGUCGAUGCUCCACGGCGAAGGCCUUCCUGCGACCAGCCAGGCUGCGCAAGAACUUACACGUCGCUAUGCACGCGCAGGUCACCAAGAUUUUAAUAGACGCGAAAUCGAGGAGGACUUACGGCGUGGAAUUCGUCAGGGACGACAAGAUGUUCCGUAUUCGUGCUAAAAAGGAAGUGAUCGUUUCCGGAGGUGCUAUCAAUAGCCCGCAAUUGCUGAUGUUGUCGGGAAUCGGACCUAGAGAUCACCUGCUACGACACGGGAUACCGGUGAUUCAGGAUUUAAAAGUGGGAGAGAAUCUGCAAGACCAUAUCGGUUUGGGAGGUUUGACGUUCAUGGUGAAUCAACAGGUUUCGAUGGUGGAGAAGAGGUUGCACAGCGUUCAAGCUGUGAUGCAGUACGCCGUCUUUGGAGACGGUCCUCUGACCGUGCUGGGCGGUGUCGAAGGCCUAGGCUUCGUCAAUACGAAGUACGUGAACGCCUCCGACGAUUUCCCGGACAUAGAACUUCAUUUCGUAUCAGGGUCGACGAACUCCGACGGUGGUAGGCACAUCAGAAAGGUUCACGGAUUGACGAAAAGAUUCUACGACGCUGUAUUCGGGUCCAUCAGCGAUAAGGACGUGUGGAGCGUGAUUCCUAUGCUUUUAAGGCCAAAAAGCAAAGGGGUUAUCAAGCUUCGAAGUAAAAAUCCUUUCGACCAUCCUUUGAUUUAUCCGAACUACUUCAAGGAACCGGAAGAUAUCGCGACACUGGUCGAAGGAGUCAAAAUAGCAAUCGCUCUGAGUAGAACCGCUUCGUUCAGACGCUUCGGAAGCGAACUAAAUUCGAAACAAUUUCCUGGCUGCAAACACAUUCCUAUGUACAGCGACCCGUACUGGGAAUGUAUGAUCAGGCACUAUUCCGCCACCAUAUAUCAUCCCGUGGGCACUUGCAAGAUGGGUCCUUACUGGGAUCCCGAGGCUGUGGUAGAUCCUCAGCUUCGAGUUUACGGAGUUACCGGACUCAGAGUCAUCGACGCGUCUAUAAUGCCGAAUUUAGUUAGCGGUAACACCAAUGCACCGAUUAUCAUGAUCGGCGAGAAGGGUUCCGACAUGAUAAAAGAAUUCUGGUUGAAGAGAAGAGGCCGAGGGUGAACAUCGUGGUUCUCGUAGACUAAUUUAAAGCGAUCGUUUAAAGCGUCGGUGAUACGCGAUAAAAACGUUACCUCGAAUCUUGCGUAUCCCUGUACAGCUACGGUACGGAUUAACCGCGUCGUUGAUUUAAGAUGCGAAUAAAAUAAUUACUACGACUGCGUCGACGGUGGUACAAAGUUACACCAAGUUUUCGAGUACAUGUAACGCGUAAGCGUCGACGCACGUUUUGCUGCUAAAGUAAUAAUAUUCGUUGAUCUUUCCCGACGAACUUGUACCAUUUAUGUACAGCGAAAGUUAAUACAGCGGUAUUCUAUUUAUUCCUCGAGUUAUCGAGAGACAAACCUCAAGGAUCGUACAGCGAUUGAACCUUUGUUUUUUCGUUCGUGCGUUAUCGUAUCGUUAUUGUAAUUCAAAGUGUAAGCAGCACAAAGGAUGACAAAAGCGUACAAAUAACAAAAUCGUCGAAAGGAAAAGAGUUAUUAACGACGUUGGUUACUCCCUUUUGAAAUUAUCCUUGCUUUGAUCUUUAAAUGUACAUAGUUUGCGAUAUACCUGAUAGAACGUAAUCGCCAAUCUUUUGAACGGCGCGGCAAAAUGUAAAUUUUUCUUUUUAAUGUAAAUACUACGUAUAGAUUUAUCAUAUCGACACGAAUAAAAGAAAUCGAAUUCUCGUUGCUUGUUUCGUAAAUAAUACGAAUUAUUUCCUUG